CCCAAGAAUCGAAACAAUUGCAAAGUCACAGCGUCCAAUCAGUACCCCCACGAUGCACGCCAUCUAUAUGAUCGUCUGCAACCAUGUCGUGCCCCUUUAAUUCGCCAUUGCCGCAUCAAGCUCCCCAGUCGAGUUUGUGUCUUCCGAACCUGUGGUGCUAGUAGCGUCAACGUCCUUGGCGCGCUUGUCUAUCGCGAACUAUUAAUCUCUCCGCCACGCCACGCUCCAGACUUGCUGGCCACCGCUGUCUGACUGAACCAAUACUCGCCUACACGCCGAGUACAUGUUAAACUACGCCCGACAAACAUUGAAGAGAGUUCCUAGUUUCCAAGAACUCUUGCAGGGAAAGAUGGGUGCAUCCAAAGAGGAAAUUUCAGUCGACGUGCUCGUCAUUGGUGCUGGACCAACUGGUCUGGGAGCAGCGAAGCGUCUCAACCAAAUUGAUGGCCCCUCAUGGCUGAUUUUGGACUCGAACGAGACGCCUGGCGGUCUGGCCUCUACGGACGUCACCCCAGAAGGCUUCCUCUAUGAUGUUGGUGGCCAUGUCAUCUUCUCCCACUACAAGUACUUCGACGACUGCAUCGACGAGGCCCUACCCAACGAGGACGAUUGGUUCACCCACCAGCGUAUCUCCUACGUCCGCUGCAAGAGCCAAUGGGUGCCCUACCCCUUCCAGAACAACCUCUCGAUGUUGAACAAGGACGAUCAGGCAAACUGCGUCGACGGGCUGAUCGACGCUGCCCUGGAGGCGCGUGUGGCAAACACGAAGCCCAAGGACUUCGACGAAUGGAUCAUGCGACAGAUGGGUACUGGCAUUGCAGACCUCUUCAUGAGGCCAUACAACUUCAAGGUCUGGGCUGUGCCUACCACCAAGAUGCAGUGCCAAUGGCUUGGUGAGCGCGUUGCCGCUCCCAAUGUCAAGGGCGUGAUCAACAACAUCAUCCACAACAAGACCGCAGGAAACUGGGGUCCCAACGCAACUUUCCGCUUCCCCGCUCGAGACGGUACUGGUGGCAUCUGGAUCGCUGUUGCGAAGACCCUGCCAGAGUCGAACACUCGUUACGGCGAACACAGCACAGUCACCAAGGUCGACGCGGACAACAAGCGCGUAAGCCUCAAGGACGGCACUGUGGUCAACUACAACAAGCUCGUCAACACCAUGGCCGUCGAUGCUCUCGUUGAGUCUAUGGGUGACAAGGAACUCAUCGAUUUGAGCAAGGGUCUCUACUACUCGAGCACCCACGUCAUUGGCGUGGGUAUCCGUGGUGAGCGUCCCGAGCGCAUUGGUGACAAGUGCUGGCUAUACUUCCCAGAGGACGACUGCCCAUUUUACCGUGCGACUAUCUUCUCCAACUACUCCCCACACAACCAGCCUGAGAAGGACGUCAAGCUGGCCACUCAACAGCUCGCCGACGGCUCGAAGCCCAGCUCCACCGAGCCCAAGGAUGGCCCGUACUGGUCGAUCAUGCUCGAGGUUUCCGAAUCUGGCAUGAAGCCCGUCGAUGCGAAGAACCUACUGAGGGACUCCAUCCAGGGUCUCAUCAACACAGAGAUGAUCAAGUCUGACGACGAAAUCGUCUCCACAUAUGUCCGCCGCUUCGACCACGGCUACCCCACUCCGUCCCUUGAGCGUGAGGGUGUUCUCACCAAGCUCCUCCCCGCUCUCCAGGCCAAGGACAUCUGGUCGCGCGGCCGAUUCGGUUCCUGGCGCUACGAGGUCGGCAACCAGGACCACUCGUUCAUGUUGGGCGUCGAAGCCGUGGACAACAUUGUCAACGGCGCUGUGGAGCUUACGCUUAAUAACCCCGACUUUGUCAACGGGCGCAAGAACGAGGAACGCCGUCUUCAGGACGGUGCGCAGGUCUUCGCCAAGUCGAAGAAGGCCCUUGACUGAGUGCACACACACGGACGGUCGACGAGCAUGUAAUGAAUCUGGAGCACAUUUACGGGAUACCACGCACAAUCUGCAAUGUCACGAACGGAAUAGGAUAGGAUGGGAUGGGAAGGAGGCACAUGGGUGCCGGGGCAGGAGUAGAAUUAGCAUAUGUGCAUGGAUGUUUUUUUGGAGGAUGGAUGGAGACUAUCUUGCCGAAGCUAUUUCUUCACUAUAGAAAAACAUCGUUGAGGCUUUGUCAAAAGCUUCGUUUAGACAUCUGAUGGGUCGGCAUUUUUUGUAGCAAUGUAGACUUGGAUUCCGUUGUUUUGUCGUAUAUAUUGCCCUUCCUUGGUUUUAUGAAACGAUGCAUCGUCCACUUUUUGCCUCGAGCGAGUUUCUGCUGUUCUGCUUUAUUUUC